CGCCACUAAACAUCAGCAGAAGAAGAAGAAGAGCUCGAGCAGCACGUGUAGAUGAGCGCUGAGCGCAAGUGUGAUGUGCACUCGUUUAUUCUCGCUUUACAACUCUUGCUUUUGUGCUGUAGAGAUCGUUCAACAGCUGUCACAUCGGGCCGGUCGAGCAUUUUACACUAAAUAUCCAAAUACCUCCUCGGAUCACCCGGGUGUGAUUGGCAGAAUGAAGUAUAUUCUGGUGACGGGCGGCGUGAUCUCGGGCAUCGGGAAAGGCAUUAUAGCCAGCAGCGUGGGAACCAUCCUCAAGUCCUGCGGCCUGCGCGUCACCGCCAUCAAGAUCGACCCCUACAUCAACAUCGAUGCUGGGACCUUCUCGCCAUACGAGCACGGUGAGGUGUUCGUUUUGGAUGAUGGGGGAGAGGUGGAUUUGGAUCUGGGCAACUAUGAGCGUUUUCUGGACAUCAGGCUCACCAAAGACAACAACCUGACCACCGGAAAAAUCUACCAGUCCGUCAUCAACAAGGAGCGCAGGGGAGAUUACCUGGGCAAAACCGUACAGGUGGUGCCACACAUAACUGAUGCUAUUCAGGAGUGGGUGAUGCGUCAAGCUCAAGUUCCCGUAGACGACGAUGGCGUUGAGCCCCAGGUCUGCGUCAUCGAGUUGGGCGGUACGGUCGGAGAUAUAGAGAGCAUGCCCUUCAUCGAAGCCUUCAGACAGUUCCAGUUUAAAGUGAAGAGAGAGAAUUUCUGCAAUAUUCACGUCAGUCUGGUACCACAGCCCAGCGCUACAGGAGAGCAGAAGACCAAACCCACGCAGAACAGUGUAAGAGAGCUCAGAGGACUGGGACUGUCACCUGACCUGAUUAUGUGUCGUUGCUCCACUCCACUUGAAAACUCGGUGAAAGAGAAGAUAUCCAUGUUCUGUCAUGUGGAGCCUGAACAGGUUAGUCUGGAUCACACGGGACUGAAAACCACCGAAGCAGCUGAAAUAACAUAUGUUGACUCUGCAGAUUUGGAGGCCAGUGCACUGCAGGAAGAGCCAGUGAGGUACCAUGAGGCCUGGCAGAAACUCUGCAGCGCCAAUGGUAUUUUAGUACCUGGAGGUUUUGGAGUACGAGGGACGGAGGGCAAGAUUCAAGCCAUCAGCUGGGCCAGGAAACAGAAGAAGCCCUUCCUGGGUGUGUGUUUGGGGAUGCAGCUCGCUGUGUGUGAAUUUGCUAGAAACAUGUUGGAUUGGAAAGAUGCUAACUCCACCGAAUUUGACCCAGAAACAAAACAUCCUGUGGUGAUUGACAUGCCAGAGCACAAUCCAGGGCAGAUGGGAGGAACUAUGCGGCUGGGGAAAAGGAGAACCAUUUUCAAAACCCAAAACAGCAUACUUAGAAAACUUUAUGGAGAUGUAGAUUAUGUCGAGGAAAGACACCGGCAUCGCUUUGAGGUGAACCCAGAGCUGAAGCAGCAUUUUGAGGAGAAGGGCUUCCGUUUUGUGGGUCAGGACGUGGAGGGUGAGAGAAUGGAGGUCAUCGAGCUGGAUGAUCACCCAUAUUUUGUUGGUGUCCAGUAUCACCCAGAAUUCACAUCCAGACCCAUAAAACCAUCUCCGCCGUACUUUGGCCUGUUGUUAGCCGCUGCAGGGAGGCUUCCAGGUUAUCUUCAGAAAGGCUGUCGGCUUUCACCACGAGAAACAUACAGUGACCAGAGCGGCAGCAGUUCUCCAGACUCAGAGAUCGCGGACUUCAAACUACCCUCCCUCACUCAGGAUUGAAUCAGUUGAUGGGCCUGCUUUAGUGAAAACAGGAUUUGCCAGACUGGCAGCUUCAUUAACACAUUCUCCAUUGUAUGUGAUGCUGCCAAUUAAACCAGUGGAAAUGAGGUGUAAACUGCUAGAUGUCUGCUUAAGAUUUGUUCCCCCAUGCAUAGCUUUUAAGCUGACAGUUGUCGGGUUUUCAAAAUGUCCAAAAGAGAAAUACCAAUUUUUCAUAGAGCCAAGGAUUCUUUAUUCAGAAAUAAUGGCACUUUUACAGAACAAAGACUAUUAAAAGUGU